AUGUGGUUUGUGGGAUUCGAUGGAACUUCGCCCCUACUUUGCUCCUUCGUGGCUUUGCCAUGGGAGCGGAUGGUGUUGUGGAGGUGCUUUCGACUAGGCAAGAGAGAUCCAAAUACCGACGUCCUUGGAGGAGCGAACUUCCCAGAUCCAACUAUCAUCAACGUCGAAGGCACAAGCUAUGCCUUUGGAACGGUCGACGGACAAGGCCAUCAGGUCCCUGUAGUCAGCAAUCCAGACUUCAAUAAUCCUUCGGGCUGGUCUUCCAUAUCGGACAGCUUUCCCAGCGAAGGUGUUCCCGCAUUUGGUCCCAAUGGAUGGGCGGCUCCAGAUACUGUGUGGGCACCAGAUGUCGUGCGGCUCACAGACUACGACAGUAGCUUCGCGAUGUACUACUCGCCUGCGCUGCAGUCAAAUGGCGGGAUCCAUUGCGUGGGAGUUGCUCGCAGUGCAAAUAUUGCUGGUCCAUACAACGAUUCUUCAUCCGAACCAUGGGUCUGUCCUCAAGAAGCUGGUGGUGCGAUUGAUGCCGCCGGUUUCCUCGACUCUGACAACACCCGAUACGUGCUGUACAAGAUCGAUGGCCCGGCAGUGAACAAUGGCGGAUAUUGCGCUAGUCAGGACAACAUCGUCACCAAUACUUCUCUCAUGCUCCAGCAGACGCAAUCUGAUGGCUACACCAAGGUCGGCAGCCCAGUGAGCAUCUGGAACAACCAAGGCGUGGAGGACCACUACCAAGCCGAAGCGCCGUCUCUUCUUAAAAGCGACGACGGGACGUACUUUCUCUUUUACAGCACGGGCUGUUACACGGACGGCAGCUAUACCACCAAGUACGUGACCUCCACCUCAGGCAUUUUCGGCCCAUACGGCAACCCGCAGCUGCUGCUCAAGGACGGCGAUUUUGGCCAGUUUGGGCCUGGAGGCGCAGACAUCACGCUCGCAGGCGGGCAGAUGGUGUACCACUCGCUCAAGAACAAUGACAUCGCCCAAGGGCGCGUGAUGAACACUGCCACGCUCACGCUCGAAGGGCAAUCGGCGCGAAUAAAUUAG